AUGUCGUCCUCUCUCCUCGCGCAGAGCUUCGUGGUGACGGGGGCCGCGGAGAGCUGCGCGCUGAGUCUGCGGACGGACACCCUCCCCGAGGCCGUGGGCACCUACCGAGUCCUGGAGACCCCGGCCGGUGUGUCCCUGGACACUUCCCAGCUGAGCUUCCCAGAUCUGCCCCAGCUCCUGGCCUUCCUGUGCACCAGCAGGGACAUCCUGCCCCGGACUCUGCUCGUCCCGCUAGGAACCCCGGAGGCUCCCCAACUGGAUCCAGGGCUGGGGGAUGAGGAUGGCCGGCGGGGGUCCGGGCCUCCCCAGGUGGGCACCGUCCGGAUCACGUACGCCGGGGGUGCCUUAUACGUGGUCAAUCCCCUGUUCCGGGAGGAGCGGCCGGGAGCCACGGAGGAUGGGCUGCGGACGCCCCCCAGGACCCGUGGCAAGGUCUCAACGGCCUUCUCCGUCCCUCCGUCGUCGGCGGCGUCCACCCCGUCCCACAGCCCCCCGCCCACCCCCACGGCCCCUCGGGCCACCCAAAGCCCACACCGGGUCUCCUGGAUCGAAGGCUCCGCCUGCCCCACGCCCCCGGAGCCGGACUCCCUGUCUCUGAGCAGCGUGGAGGAGGAGGCCGAGGACGGCGGGGAGACGACCCCGCCGCCGGCGGGCCCGUCCCCGGCCCGGCCCCGCCGGCCCCCGCCGGCCUCCCGCGUCCUCCACCGCCUGUCGGCCGUGGGCAGCGCCCUGAGCGGCCUGGUCUCGGCCGAGCGGCGGGUGGCCCACCGCGUGCUGGAGCUGGCCCAGGAGCCGGACACCUACGUCGGGGGGCUGGUGCGGAGCUUCGUGGGCCACCUGCGGGCGGGGGGCGCGGCCCGGCCCGCCUCCAGCACCGAGCUGCUCCAGGAAAUCCGCCAGCUGCUCAGCGGCCUGCGCUCCUACCUGUGCGCCAGCUCCGAGCUGCAGGCCUUCGGGGCCGGGGACGACGGCGGAGACUUCACCCUGGAGUCGGCGGUGGAGGCCGCCCUGUACAAAUGCGUGCUGAAACCCUUGCGGGACGUGGUGUUCGGGCAGCUGCGGGACUACAGGGAGGAAGAGCUGCGACGGCUGGCACGGCAGCAGCAGGCCCUGCGGGCCCGGGGCCCGGGGGCCCUGGGGGUGACGGCCGCCGUGCCCGACGCCCCCGCGCUGGAGCGCAUCCAGGCCAAGCUGGGCCAGCUGCACGCCGCCUACGCCCCCCACAAGAAGGUGGCCUUGCUGCUCAAGAUCUGCAAGCUCAUCUAUGAAGCCAUGAACCAGGGCGGCGGUGGCGAGCCUUACGGGGCCGACGACUUCCUGCCCGUCCUGACCUACGUGCUGGUCCACAGUGAGACCAUCACGGCCACGCAGCUGGACGUGGAGUAUAUGAUGGAGCUGCUGGACCCCAGCCAACUGCAGGGAGAGGGUGGCUACUAUCUGACCACGUGGUUUGGAGCCCUGUACCACAUUUCCCACUUCGAGCCGGCCAUGGUCACCCGCCAGAUCAGCGUGGAGGCCCAGGACUCCAUCAGCCAGUGGCAGCGCCGUCGGACCAUCCAUCCCGGGGCCGGGACCCGCCGCCGCUCCCAGGACAUCCUGUACAUCUCCUUCCAAGAGCCUUUCAACCAGCAGAGAGCCUUCCACGUGCCGCUGCCCCAGACGGCCGAGGCCGUGCAGGCCGCCUGCGCCCAGCGCUUCGGGGCGUCGGACCCCGCGGCCUACGGGCUGUACGCCGCCUGGGAGGAGGGCAGCCGGCUGCUGGAGGAGGCCGCCCGGCCCCAGCAGGUCAAAGCCGAGCUGCUCCAGGCGGCCGUCCGCUCCCUCUGCUUCGUCUAUCGGCGGCGGGGGACGGAGGACCCCUCCCUCUGA